AUGACAAACAUUUGGUGCCCUUAUUACAGCAGAACAGAGGAUGCGGCAGUAGUUCAUGCUAGAGAUUUGGAUUUGCCUCCAAAUUUUAUAGCCUCUGAUUACAAACAAACUGAAAACAUAGAUUUGCAUUUUCAAGCAGAAAAUAAUGAGAUCAUUGAUUGUUAUGAUAUAUACAGACAACCUAGUCUUAAUCAUCCUUUGCUUCAUAAUCACAGAAUACAGGUGAAACCAAAUUCGUACCCGAAAGAAAUGAAACCUAAUAAUUUCGGGACACUUCAACUUACACAAACUUGGCAUCAAUAUGGAUCAUGUCCGGAAGGAACUAUCCCUAUAAGGAGGAAAGGAAAAAAUUACGAUCCAACAGUUUUGCGUAAACAGAAUUAUCCAAAUUUAUCAUAUAAUAAAACUCUUAAUACAUGGGGAGGAGAUCUAAGUGAACAUGAGUACGCGGUAAUCGAGGUGAAUGGACAUUUUCUUGGAGCAAAUGCGAAAAUCAAUAUUUGGAAACCGGUUACGGAAACACCAACUGAAAUGAGUAUAUCCCAAAUCUGGCUUACAGCUGGUGAAAACGAAGUGAAAAACAGUGUUGAAACAGGAUGGAUGGUGAGCCAACAUAUAUAUGGAGACGACCAGCCUAGAUUUUUUAUAUACUGGACCAUGGACGGAUACAAGAAUUCGGGUUGCUUCAACCUCCUAUGCGAUGGUUUUGUACAAACAACAUCAGAUUUCUGCCUUGGUGGAAGUUUUACUGAGGUAUCCACUUUCAAUGGCAACCAGAAAGAUGCCAACUUCAGUAUUCACAAGGACCAAAUUGGUGGACAAUGGUGGGUCCAAAUACAAGGUAAUCCGAUUGGAUAUUAUCCAAGUUCCCUCUUCACAGAGUUAUCAAUGACGUCAACAAAAGUACAUUUUGGUGGAGAAAUCACGAAUCACAAGAGUAAAGGACGACAUACUUCGACACAAAUGGGUAGCGGUCAUUUCCCUUCAGAGGGUAGAUUGAAAAAAUCGAGUUAUUUUAAUUGUGUUCAAGUAGUUGAUGAAAACAACGUGACCAAGGAUCCUGAAAAUGUGGAGACAAGAGUUCCAAAUCCAAACUGUUAUGGCUUGGAAAUUGACAAUAACCACCAUAAUACAAAUGGAUACGGUUUUUACUAUGGAGGUCCCGGUUAUAAUGCUAAAUGUUAA